UCCUUCCCUGUGCGCCUCGUCGCCGGCGGCAGAAGCAACUCGUGGGGUUGUCUCUUGCUUCAUCGCCUUCCGUGGGGUGGUCGCCCACUCGCCGUCGACCGUUGGGGGUUUUAGAAGGAAGUUAAGCAAAAACCACUUUUGUUUUUGGGUCUUGUGGUGUUAAACUUUGGAAGAACAAUGUCGGUGACAGCGGGUGUUAGUGAUACAGUUAUAGCCAUAAGGGAUAAGCUUAGAGGUAAAAUUGGCCAAACUAAAGUUAAGCGUUAUUGGCCUGGUAAAAUUCCUGAAUGGGCUGAUGAUGAGAAUGAAGAUGUUGCCGCCGAUAUUAGGCCCACCAGGGAAGCUGCUUUGGAGAAAGCUUUUCCUCGACACGAAGAUGAUAAGGGUAUUGUUAAGGGCGAUGAUCGUAGGCUUCGUCGUUUGGCUCAGAGUCGAAUUGAUAACCGCGAGGAAGUCAGGGCUGAUCAUCGGCGAAUUCGGCAAGCUGAAAUUAUUUCUACCAUUGAAGAGGAGACUAGGAUACAGGAAGGGUUGGAGUUAGAAGAAGAAGAUGUGGAAGCCUUGCAGGAAAAGAGGAGUAGACUUAGAGAGAGGAUGCUUCAGUUGCAAAGAGAGCAGGAAGAAGCACUGCCUCAAGAGGAGGAGGAGGAGGAAGAAGAAGAAGAGGAGGAGGAAGAAGAGUCUGAGUAUGAGACUGACUCUGAGGAGGAAUAUACUGGAGUAGCUAUGGUGAAGCCUGUGUUUGUUCCCAAGUCAGAGAGAGAUACAAUUGCUGAGCGUGAGCGUCUUGAAGAAGAAGAACGGGUCGCUGAAGAAGCUAGGAAAAGGAAAAUGGAAGAAAGGAGGAUUGAGACAAAGCAGCUUAUUGUUGAGGAGAUCCGGAAGGAUGAAGAAAUCCAGAAAAAUUUGGAGAUGGAGGCUAACAUUGCUGAUGUGGAUACUGACGAUGAAAUUAAUGAGGCAGAGGAAUACGAGGCUUGGAAAGUUAGGGAGAUUGGCAGGAUCAAGAGGGAUAGGGAGGAUCGGGAAGCGAUGUUGAAGGAAAAGGAGGAGAUUGAGAGGGUAAGAAACAUGACAGAGGAAGAGAGGAGAGAAUGGGAGAGGAAGAAUCCAAAACCCGUACGAGCAUCAAAGCAGAAGUGGAAAUUUAUGCAGAAAUACUAUCACAAGGGUGCUUUCUUCCAGUCUAAUCCUGAUGAUCGAUCUGCCACUAGUGCGAGUGAUAAUAUUUAUACUCGUGAUUUCUCUGCCCCGACUGGGGAAGAUAAAAUGGACAAGACAAUAUUACCCAAGGUUAUGCAAGUCAAGCACUUUGGUCGUAGUGGAAGAACUAAAUGGACUCAUCUUGUCAAUGAGGACACCACUGAUUGGAACAAUCCGUGGACUUACAAUGAUCCACUGCGUGCAAAGUACAACGACAAAAUGGCAGCCAUGAACGCUCCAAUAGCAAAACCUAAAGGAAGCAAGAAGUUGAAGGAUUGGGAGUCUCGUUGAGUUUGAAAUUUCAGAAUCAUUUGCUCUUGUCCUUGCAAUUAUUUGACUUAACAAUGUAGAAAUAACAGAUUAGAUACCCCUUAUGGCAUAGGCAUGUACGAUUUUGAAUCUUCGUGGAUGGGUAGUUCAUGCAGAUUUUGAUUGGAUUAUAUGACCAGUUAUGUUGUUCUUACAAGGUUAAUUAAUCAAAGCUUUAGAAGCUGCUUUAGCCUUUUUCCGGAAAUCAGCAACUGCUUUCUUAACCUCUCUCAGGUGCUGAUACACGGUGCUGUUGCUGUAUUUCUGAAAGCAGCUUUCAUUAUCUUUAAA